CUCCCCUGUGAAAAUCAAACUCUGCGGUUCAGCGGCAAAAAGAUAUUUCUCUCAGCACGCUUUAUCCUGCUUCUGAGUUUCGUCUUGCAGGUUCUCUCUCUCUCUGUCUGUCUGUGUGUGUGUGUGUGUUAUUGCUUCAGCUUUGUUCAUGUAGCAAUUUUUUGUUGGAGUUCGUGUAACACCCAUAAUCCAGAAGCCACUGGUAGGGAUUGGGAGACUAUGGACCUAAAACUCUGCUUCCCUGUCUCCUCAAACCCUUCCCUGUUCAUGUCCUCAAUGGUUCUUCGGUGCCCAUCUCCUCAUUUUUUGCGAACUUGUCAGCUCUCCAAGAGAACCCAUGUCCCUAUUUCGUCAAAUUACUCUGCUAACUCAUUUCUAGGUCAGGGUCUAGCUCCCUGGAACAAACCUUUCCAAUUGAAGAACACCCAUCGCUGUCUUUCUCAUAUAGUUGCUGUUGUCAAGAGAAGAAAGGAAAUGGCUUUUGAUAAUGUGAUCCAGAGGGAUAAGAAGCUCAAAUUGGUGUUGAAGAUCAGGAGCAUUCUUGUUAGCCAGCCUGAUAGGAUAAUGGCUUUAAGACACCUUGGUAAGUUCAGGAAGGAAUUGGGUUUAACCAAGAAGAGGAGGUUUAUUGCCCUCCUUAGGCGUUUUCCGGCGGUCUUCGAAAUCGUAGAAGAGGGGGUCUACUCGUUGAAGUUUAGGUUGACACCGGAAGCUGAAAGGCUUUACAUGGAAGAGCUGAAGGUUAGGAACGAAAUGGAGGGAGAAUCAGUAGUGAAACUGCGGAAAUUGUUGAUGAUGUCAAUAGAUAAGAGGAUUCUCAUUGAGAAUUCGCAUUUGAGAACCGAUUUGGGGCUCCCAGUCGACUUCAGGACCACGGUUUGUCGACGUUAUCCUCAGUAUUUUGAAGUGGUUGCCACGGGUGGAGGGCCGGCGCUGGAAUUGACACAUUGGGAUCCUGAACUUGCGGUUUCAGUGGCUGAAGUUACUGCUGAAGAAAAUAAAGCCAGAGAAAUUGAGGACAUGAACUUGAUUAUAGAUAGACCACCUAAAUUUAAUCGAGUGAAGUUACCAAAGGGACUGAAACUCUCAAAGGGGGAGAUGAGAAGACUGGUUAAGUUCAAUGAGAUACCUUAUAUAUCACCUUAUGCAGAUUUCUCGGAAUUGAAGCCUGGUACGCCGGAGAAAGAAAAGCACGCUUGUGGGGUCAUUCAUGAGAUUCUCAGUAUGUGUUUGGAGAAAAGAACACUUGUUGAUCACCUUACACAUUUUAGAGAGGAGUUCAGAUUCUCUCAGCAGCUAAGGGGCAUGCUAAUCAGGCAUCCGGACAUGUUUUACGUGUCACUGAAAGGAGAUAGGGAUUCAGUUUUUUUAAGAGAAGCCUAUCAUGGCUCGCAAUUGAAGGAAAAAGAUCGGCUGUUGAUCAUCAAGGAAAAGCUUCGGGCACUUGUUGCAGUACCUAGGUUCCCAAGAAGACCUGUCGGGAAACCAGAAACUGAUGUUGGGAGUGAAAAGUCUGACCCGUUAGGAGUAGAUGAAAGUGAAGGCGAUGACGACUGGUCUGAAAUUGAAAACCUCAUGGGUGAUGAACUGGGUGAGGACUUGGAUGGCCUCGAUGACAGUGAUGAUGAUCCAAAUUCAGAAGAAGAAGAUGAUGGCUGGGAUAACGAAGAAGAUGACUUUCCACCUGAUUUUGAUGGCAACAGUAGUACAGGUUUUGAACAAGUGAAGCCGUCAAACCGUGUAAAGGUUUCACCUAAGUCAGAAGAAAAGGUUGUUAUCCCUGUUCUCCCAGAUGGUAGACCAAGGGAACGUUGGUGAGAGUUUCAUUUCAUUAUCUUCCCCUUGUGGAUGAAACUACUUGGAGUUUGAGGCCAUUUCAGAAAAAAGAGGAUUUGGGCUUCUCUUGUCAGGUUCUGUAGGCCGAUCCAGGCAUCAGCCACUUAAAUUGCAUUGAGAUUUUGAUGCAGUCCGAGGAAUAUUUUUGACUUGAAAGUCCAUUAUUCGUGGCGACAUGAUGCCUUUGUUUUCCUGACUGCAGCAGUUUCAGGUUUGUGCUUGAUUUCUGCAGUCAAUUUCUUCACAUUGUAGCAUUUCUGGUUAUGAUGGUAUUAUCAAUCAUAAUGAAUACAUGAUAUCUAUUUUUCUUA